AUGGCAAACCCAGCAGAGAACGCACCGCAGACGUCCACCGGGAUGGACGAAGCCGAGUGUGUAGCCGCCCUCGCAUACCUAGAAAAGCUGCAGGACCAGCUUCAAGACCUCCGCCUCACAAUGCCUCGCAUCCUAGGCCCCCUCCGAACGCCUCACCCAUCACCUGCAGCCCUGUACCAGGACUUCAGACACGCGUCUAUGAGCAGCGUGAAUGACCUCAAGAAGUUUCGAUCAACAUGGCAAAGCCCAGAGACACAAACACUGUUCGAGAAAGCCAAAGAGAGCCAGAAAGCGAAUCCCGACCUCAAAGCAAACAACGAUGUCCCACGAUAUGGCUGGACAGAGGAAUAUGAGUCCGCUGUGAAGAAAACAGCCAAAAGUGAUGAUGGAGCUUGGCCAGAGGAGUCUGAGAUGGAAUACCCUAGUAUCCUGGCGAAGUUCAAGGAGGACCAUCCGAAUUUCAAGGUCACAAUAGAAGCGGACAAUCGAAUUUUCAACAUUGGAUAUAAGGCCUCUAUGCUCUAUUUGAAGUUUCGCGUCGUUCGUGCCAAGGAAGCAAAUACAAAGCGUAAAUUCGACGUUGAAAAUUCCGGGGCUAUGGCUCUGUCCCCGGCCAUCACUCGAUGCCUAGCCUCAAGGCCUAACCCAGGUAGUCUGCGCAACUUGCUGGACAUGAUCGCCGCAUACACCGAUGUUAGAAAGACGCGCUGUGCUAAGUGCACAAAGCAGGUCGAUUCUUCGGGGCUGACUCCCGCUGCUCGGCGAAGGAAAGCCGUGGACAAGAGUGAAGCCCAAUCUGAGACAGUUUGGGAAUCCUUUCACGAAGGCUGUCUUUGA